AUGGCGCCUGGUGUCCUCAGACCCCUGGCUAUCUUUUGUACGCAGUCUCAGUCCCAACGAUACAUCAGAAGUGUCCGAAAUUUAGGGGAUGCAUGGCGCAUACUUUCAGAGAAGCAUGAUGAGCGAACGGAUUCAGAUACUACAUUCAUUGGAACAGCAUUUGAUUUCAAUUUAGAAGUCAAAAAUCACCCAGACGAAACGAUUUCUACCACAUUUGAGAUUCCCUCCCUCGAAACAACGACAGACAAACAGCCUAUCUCUGCAGAAUCACAACAGCAUUACCGCAUCUUCGCCGACUACGGUACCGACUUUCUCUGGCGAAACACGAAUGACCCCGACUAUUCCGAGGACAACACAUAUGUUGAGGCAGAAGAAGCCUUAUCAGAUCUUCCGCCAGCGGUUUUUCAGCACUAUGAUGCAUGGGUAGACACGUACACAAGCAAUUUCAAAACUCGAUGUGAUAUCCCUGGGGAUUACUCUGCCCACGUCUUCGUCGAUGCCACUGACGAGGUUUCUUGGAAUAUCGCGGGGUAUCUACUGGCCUGGCGUAUUGCCAUGGCCCCGCAUAUUGGUAGUGUUGAGUACUCCGCUGGAAACGAGAAAUAUUUACUGAGAAGUGGCGAGGGUACGGAGGGUGGUGCUCUGAUGGAGAAAUUUUUGAAUGACCAAGCAACUCUGUUAGCCAAGAGAGAGUCUGCAGAGUAA